UAUACUUUAAGACGUUUAAAAAUAUUAAAGAAAAAUCAAAAUUUUCGGAUGCAUUAAAAAAUGAGCACGCGUUGGGAACACGAAACGAUCAAUAAAAAAAUCUAAUAUAAAAAUCGCAUUAAAAAACAGAAAAAUAAACAACAUACCGAAGACGAAGACAUAAAUGGUCUUAAAAAAAGAUCCUCAAAAACCUCUCAUCUCUUCUCCUUAGAGCAGCAAAGUAAAGAAGAAAACGAGGAUUUGUGAAAUCCUUCGAACAAACAAUAACAAAUUGAUCGAGGCCUCGAAGAAAGUAACUAAAUCAAAACUUCGCAAAAUUGUAUUUAAUUCAAUAAUAAAUAAUGGCUGAAAACAAUGAUGAUGCAGAAAAUAUGAACUCAAAAUCUAAACCUCCAUUUAUUCCCCCACAAGCCAUCAAUACGCAACGUGUGGAAGUAUAUUUAAAUGAUCUAAAGAACCGUCUGCAGGAGUUGCGCUUAAAGCAUGAUGAGGUAAUCCAUGAGUCCGUGGAAAUUAUACAGGAAAUCGGUGAUGUUGGUACUACACUUAUGUCGAAAUCAAUGUCCACUGUGCCAUCAAAACCAAAGGGCAGCAUAAAGGAUCUCAUCAAAACUUUUGAAAACGUUAGCUUGGCGGAUACAAUAAAACCAGUUCCGGCUAAAGUUAGUAUUGGCGCCAAGGUUGAUAUUAAUAAAAUUCUUGAAAAUUUCGAGAAGUUGAAUCAAAGCCACGUUCUUAAAGAGAGUCUUAUGUUGUUCAAACGUUGUAAAGAAUCUUUUGAAAAAAUUGAUUCUAUGCUGGAUGAUCCAGGUGUCGAACUAGAAGACGAUAAUAUCAAUUUAAAGGGUAAAAUUGAAUUAUUUAACAACAACGGUUCUAAUACUAAAGUGUCAAGUUCAGGAAAACAACCAUCAAUGUAUGGAUCAUGCAGUAGUUUACAGAGCGUGGAAAACUUUCACUCAAGCCUCGACAUACUGGAACCUGAACCUAGUACCAGUACACAUAAUAUCGAGGGAUACGAUGGCGAUAAUGAGAACAGUGAAUUUGACGUUCAGGUUAAAAAAAAGAAGUCGAAAUUUGUCCCACCAAACAAAUAAAAUUAAAACUCUUUAAAUUUUACAAAGGGAUAUAUGGGGGUAAUAAUGAAGCAUUGGAAAAAAGUAAGUCAAUGAUUUUGUAAUAAACUGGAAACCAUUUGACUUAUCUUUUAAGAAAUAAAAUCUGCUUAUAAUAUAACAAACCUCCUACUAUAAAUUCUAUGAAAUUGCAUGGAUGAUUUCAAACACUCAUGAGAGGUUUUAAUGGUCCAAGACAAAAAAGUUUUCGAUUCUAUUGUGAGAACAAUAGAGUGUAAACUUCACCAUUAACAAAUAUUUUAGUUUUAAUUGAGUUAAUUUUAUGUUUUGGUGAAUUUUUAAAACUACUUCCCUCGAAAAAUUGUCAGUUAAUUUUUACAUGGAAAAUCGAGCUUAGGUGAACAACAAUAUAUUUAUAAAUAUAUUGCAACUAUUAUUAAACAAAUGCAUAUAAUAAAAAUAAUCGAACGGUAGAUAAAAUUCAGUAUACUAAAGAAUGUAAAUAACAUAUUUCAAAAUAAUAAAAACAGCCUGAGUUAGGACAAUAUUA